CAUUCCCUAAUCACAGAAAACUAAUAUUAUUUGAAAAAGUAUCAAAAUCAUUUUGAGCAAUUUUCAGAUUAAUCAUUCUCAUUAAACAAUGAAAUAAAGUUUAUAUCCAAAAAUUUUUUUGAUUGAACGAUUCAAUUCACAAUAAUUUGGGCUGAUAACACUAUUUUACAAAACUAACCUGAGUGAUAUCAUCGUAACGUAAUGUGGUGACGUUUAGGUUUUAAUAUAAAGUUAGUUGCUUGUCUUAUAUAAAUAAGAGAAUUAUUUCGAAUGUUCCUUGGAAGAUAAGAAUCUGUAUGCUAUUUAUAAAUCAAAAUGUUGGAGAAAACGUCCUGUUUUUUCUUUUUUUGCGCUAUUUCAUGCAUAAGCGGCUUUUAUUUGCCAGGUCUGGCCCCAGUGAAUUUUUGUAAAAAAUCAGAAGAAAUGAAUAAUUGUAAGUCGGAAGUACUCCUGUAUGUUAAUCGAUUGAAUACAGAAGAAAUGGUGAUGCCCUAUGAAUACAGUUACUUCGACUUUUGCCAAGUGCCUGGGAAUAUUUCAAAUCCUACAGAAAAUUUAGGUCAAGUUGUGUUUGGAGAAAGAAUAAAGGCAUCACCUUAUAAAAUUAGUUUUAUGGAGAAUGUAACAUGUGCUCAAGUAUGUAAGAAACAUUACAAUUCUGGCGAUUCUAACGCAGAAUAUGCACUGAAAACACUGAGAAAUGGCAUCAUUUUCAAUUAUCAACACCAUUGGAUAGUGGAUAAUAUGCCAGUAACAAACUGUAGAUUGGAUAGUGACUUGAAGAAUCAAGUAUGUACCACAGGUUUUCCCAUGGGCUGCUACGUUAAGAAUGGAAGAAAUACUUGUCCCAUGAAGCUAGACCGAGCCGAUGCUUAUUAUAUCAAUAAUCAUGUAGAUCUUGUAAUCACCUUCCAUUCUGGUGGUAAAGAAGAAUGGGGUACUAAAUUUCAAGAUAAUGGGGGAAGAAUAAUUUCAGUCAAAGUUAUUCCCAGAAGCAUCAACCACGUCAGCGGUCUGGACUGUAGCCAAGGUGCAGAUUUAAUGGAAAUACCCCUUAAGGUGCCCCAAAAUGGAUUAGAUAUUAUUUAUUCAUACUCUGUAACUUUCAUUCGAAAUGAUGAUGUUAAAUGGUCCUCCCGGUGGGACUAUAUUCUGGAAUCUAUGCCAAAUAUGAAUAUUCAGUGGUUCAGCAUACUCAAUUCUCUCGUUAUUGUAUUAUUCUUGUCUGGUAUGGUAGCUAUGAUAUUACUGAGGACUUUACACAAAGAUAUAGCUAGGUAUAAUCAAAUUGAUAGUGGGGAAGAUGCCCAAGAAGAAUUUGGAUGGAAAUUGGUUCAUGGAGAUGUCUUCAGACCGCCUCGGAAAGGAAUGCUCCUUUCUGUUCUGCUUGGUUCUGGCGUGCAAGUGUUCUGCAUGACUUUGGUAACUCUAGCAUUUGCUUGUCUUGGAUUUUUGAGUCCUGCCAAUAGGGGUGCCCUUAUGUCUUGUGCCAUGAUUUUAUAUGUCUUGCUGGGUUCACCUGCAGGAUAUACUUCUGCAAGAAUUUACAAGAGCUUUGGUGGUGAAAAAUGGAAGUCCAAUGUCUUACUCACUUCAAUGCUUUGCUCUGGAAUUGUUUUUGGACUUUUCUUUGUGAUGAAUUUGGUGCUGUGGAGUAAAGGAAGCUCCGCAGCCAUCCCAUUCAGUACCCUGGUAGGACUGCUCUCAAUGUGGUUAUUGGUGUCAGUUCCACUUACUUUUGUAGGGGCAUUCUUUGGAUUCAGGAAGAGGCCCUUAGAACACCCAGUAAGGACAAAUCAAAUUCCAAGAUUGAUUCCUGAACAAUCUGUAUAUACUCAACCACUCCCAGGAAUUGUGAUGGGGGGUAUCUUACCCUUUGGCUGCAUAUUCAUUCAGCUCUUCUUCAUAAUGAACUCAAUAUGGUCAUGGCAUAUGUAUUACAUGUUUGGAUUUCUCUUCCUGGUGUUCAUCAUACUUGUCAUAACAUGUGCCGAAACCACAAUCCUCUUGUGUUAUUUCCACCUUUGUGCUGAAGACUACCACUGGUGGUGGCGUUCAUAUCUAACAUCGGGAUUCACGUCAGUGUAUCUUUUCCUGUAUUGUUGCCAUUAUUUCUUCAGCAAGUUGCAGAUAGAGGAUUUAGCAUCUGCAUUUCUUUACUUCGGAUACACCCUGAUCAUGGUGUUCUUAUUCAAUUUGCUGACUGGAACAAUUGGUUUUUUCGCUUGUUUCUGGUUCAUAAGGAAGAUAUAUAGUGUGGUGAAAGUGGACUGAGCAAUUAAUUUAUUGCAAUUUCAGGAAUUUCCUUUGAAUCUACUUGGUAUUUUGCAUUGAAUCUGAGGAGGCUAUCUAUUGAAAAUAUUCAUAUUAUUUUGUAUUUUUAUCAAGAAAAUUAGGAAAUAUGAUAUUUCAGUAAGAGAUGAUCUCUUCAAGUUUAUAUAGGCAAUAUUGAAAUAAUAAUAUGUGACUGUGACAAAUUUGUAUAUAGCUGGAGGCAAUGUAAAAUAAACAAGAAGUUUGUUUUGUUUCCUUGUUCUUAUUGAGAAUAUACAAAAUAAUGAAUGAACAUGCGAAACUAUAUAUUGUGUAUGACUGUAUUUGAUAGCUGUUGACUUACUGCAAAGGCAAUUUAUUCACCUCUUAAAUUUCAAGUCGUGGUAAAAUUCUUCUAGGGAAUAUUUGAUAUGCAUCAUUGCUUCAUUUGAGACAUGAGUUUGGGGUGAAGUAUCAAGUUUGAUUGCAUUGCCUUACGAUUACUCAUAAUUGUUUCACAUUUGUUCAGUGUUUUCCUUCUGCACAAAUGCAAUGAAUUUGCACUCGAUUGAGCCUUCUUUAUUUUCCAAUAAAAUCCUGUGUAAUCGAGGUAUCACCAAAUUUUUUUGUAUUAUCAAUAUAUUUAGAUCAAAUCAAAUAUUUGUGCAAUCAAAAUUCAGUUCAAUAUUUAUAUUAAGAAAUUAUUUUUUAUUUUGUAGUGGAAUUUCCAAUAUAAUCUCAGAGUCCAGAUAUAUAUUUAUGUAAUUUAGAUAACUUUAAAUAAAGCGUCUACUUAAGGAACAUUUUUUUAUUUGUUUAUGUAUAACGCUACUGUCAUGUCUUCCCAAAGAUUAUAUAGUGUGUUUUUUCCUUUUUUUUGUCCACUUCUGAAAUGUGGAUGUAAAUAAACUUUUGCAUCAUA